AUGGCAACUUCUGCAGUCGUUCUCACCGGCUUGAACAACAAUCGAGCGUUUCUGGUUGUACUCACCAAACCUUAUCGAACACAUAGUGAACUGACAAGCACGCUGAAAUCGAAUAACAUCGAACUAUCCAUUGGACGAAUGUACGAGGCGAAAAUUAAAAAUGGGAGAAUUGAGACCCUUGUCAAGAGCUUGCCCAGCGCUUUCACUGCGCGUGGAAGAACGUUUGAGGUUUAGAAAUAAUAAUAAUUUUUGAAAUUAUUCUCAGUUAGUAUCAGUUUAAGCAUUUACAUAAUAUUACGAUUGCAGGCUGAAGCUACUAUGGAGAACGGCAGGGUUCUCACUUUGACAACCCGUAAGUUUGAAUCGAUUGGAGAAACUAAAAAUAUUUCUUGCAGCGCAAGUCGAAAUAUCCGAUCCGACUGACAUUUAUCUCGAUAGUCCGCCGACGUUCACUGUGCAAUUCAGUGUCAAAAAUGAAAAAGAAAAAAAUUUUUUGACUACGUUUGUAGCAGAUAAGGUGAAUUUUCUCUCAGUAACUCAUCUAAAAUUGCUUCAGAGGACAAACGCUGCGAUUUUGAACACGACGGUCCCUCAGGCCUCAAACCAAAUCUCCUUCGAAGAAGCCCGGAGGCACUUCCAAACUUUGGACAAGAAUCCUAACAUGCGCGAUUUUUUGAUUAUCGAGAUGGGAAUUGGCGCUUACAAGGCCAUGGAAAACUUUUUUAAUUGA